AUGGAUAAGCUAUUACGACCAGACAGAUUUGAUGCAGAUCCAAACUCUUCUAGAUCGUCUCAAGAAUGGACACAUUGGAAAGCUACUUUUGAAAACUUUAUUUCCUCUGUAGUUGGUGUUUCAGAGGAGGAUAAAUUUAAAUUACUAGUAAAUUACGUGAGCAACAAUAUUUAUGAACUUAUCUCUGAUUGUACAAAGUAUUCUGAAGCCAAAAGUAUUCUCGAAGCUCUUUUUGUUAAACCCAAAAAUGAAAUUUUUGCCAGACAUAUGCUAAUGACUAAAAGACAACAAACUGGUGAAAAUAUAGAUCAAUACGUUCAACAUCUUAAGGUGCUUUCCAAAGAGUGUAAUUUUCUAGCCGUUUCUGCAGACCAAAAUAAAGAAGAUUAUAUAAGAGACUCUUUUAUUAGUGGGAUUCUUUCUAAUGACAUAAGACAACGUUUACUAGAAAAAAACAGUAUUACUCUGAAAGAUGCCAUACUGAAAGCCCAGUCUCUGGAGUCAGCUUCAAAACACUCUGAGGCUUAUAUAACUCCUGUACAAAUUAUUAAUGCGAUUUCAUCCGAAACCACAGAGCAAACUAAUUAUACUUCUGCCGCUGUGAAAAGUUGGAAAUGUUACUUUUGUGGAGCAACUGAAAGACAUCCUCGUAUCCUAUGCCCUGCUAGAGACAAAAUUUGCAAGAGGUGCUCGAAAGUUGGACAUUUUUUUAAGUCUGAGCUUUGUAACGAACAGUUUAUCAAGGAUCCACCAAGCCCUAGAUCAAGUGAUACAUGUGAGGAAAAUACAAAUAUUUCUCCUGUUAACGUUCUGGAAGAGGGUGGCAUUGAAACUGAUUCGAGGGAAGAAAAUAAAGACAUUUUUAUUAGAAGAGGUACAAGGGAAAGAAACGCUCCUGCUUACCUUCAAGACUUUGUUGAAAAAUAA